AUGAAAGGAUUUUUGUCGCUUGUUCUCGUCUCCAUCGCUCUCCUGCAGAUGACAGCAGCAGCACCCACUGCGUCAGAGCGCUCCCAAGCGCUCAGAAAGCGUGAGGGCGAACAGUAUGUCGAGAAGCGGGACACCUAUUCAGAUGUCGAGAAGCGCAACAAGACUAGGUACAAAGGGCGUCUCGAUGACGACGAGGACGAAGCCCUCAAAAAGCGUGAGGGCGAGCAGAAUGUCGAGAAGCGCAACAAGACUAAGUACAAAGGGCGUCUCGAUGACGACGAGGACGAAGCCCUCAAAAAGCGUGAGGGCGAGCAGAAUGUCGAGAAGCGCAACAAGACUAGGUACAAAGGGCGUCUCGAUGACGACGAGGACGAAGCCCUCAAAAAGCGUGAGGGCGAGCAGAAUGUCGAGAAGCGCAACAAGACUAAGUACAAAGGGCGUGUCGAUGAUGAUGACGACGAUUAA